CGCGCAAUCUGGCGCCGCGAUUCCGAUUCUCACCGUCGCGACUCCGCCUCCGCUCCGACGCGCGAGCCGCGCCUGCUGCCAACCAGAUGCGCCACCACGCGAUCCACCGCCGCGGCCGCCUCCUCCCGCUCGCCGCGGCGGCGGCCGCGCUCCUGCUCCUCGCGCUGCUCGUCCUCCGCCCGGCCGCGCCGACCGCCGGCGCCGGGGGCCCCGCCUCGCUCCUGCGCGCGGCCGUCGCGGCGCACCCGUCGCCAGCCGCGUACGGACGGCCCUGCGCCGACCACCUCGCCCUCUCCCUGCGCCGCCUCCGCGCCGCGCUGGCCUCGCUCGAGGCCGGCGACGUCCCCGCCGCGCUCCACCUCGCCUCCGCCUCGCUCCAGUGCCAGUACGACUGCUCCCACCUCCUCUCGCUCCCCGCCUUCCGCUCCCACCCCCUCACGUCUCGCUUCCUCAACUCCCUUUCCCCGCCAAGCCUAACCGCUGCCACUAAACCUUUCUCCGCCGCCGCCUCUGCUCCCGCAUUCCCGGCUAGGAUCCGCCCGGACGCCACGGUCUGCAAGCCGAAUCCCGGAGCGAAGCCGUGCGCCUACUCGACCGUGCAAGCCGCCGUGGACGCGGCGCCGAACUACACUGCUGGUCACUUUGUCAUCGCCGUCGCAGCAGGUUCAUACAAGGAAAAUGUCAUAAUUCCAUACGAGAAGACCAACAUUUUGCUGGUGGGGGAGGGCGUGGGGGCUACUGUGAUCACCGCAUCACGGAGCGUGGGGAUUGAUGGGCUUGGAACAUUUGAUACUGCAACAGUCUCCGUGAUUGGUGAUGGCUUCCGUGCGAGGGAUAUAACAUUUGAGAACAAUGCGGGUGCGGGAGCUCAUCAGGCUGUGGCGUUCCAGUCAGAUAGUGACCGGUCAGUUCUGGAGAAUGUAGAGUUCCGUGGGCACCAGGAUACGCUGUAUGCUCGCACGAUGCGGCAGCUGUAUCGCCGGUGCCAUAUCAUUGGGACAGUGGAUUUUAUUUUUGGAAAUGCUGCUGCGGUAUUUGAGGAAUGCGUGAUUAAGACUGUGCCGCGGGCAGAGGGAGCUCGGAAGAGUGCACGGAAUGUGGUGGCGGCGAAUGGAAGGAUUGAUCUGGGGCAGACGACAGGGUUUGUGUUUAUGAAUUGCACUGUGGAUGGGAAUAAAGAGUUUGCGGAAUUGUUCCAGACAAAGCCACAGUCAUACAGACUGUAUUUGGGGCGUCCAUGGAAGGAGUAUGCCAGGACAAUAUACGUCAGCUGUUAUUUGGGGAAGGUUAUCAGGCCAGAGGGAUGGCUUCCUUGGCGAGGAGAUUUUGCAGUCAGGACACUGUAUUAUGGAGAGUUUGAUAGUCGAGGCCCUGGUGCAAACCACACGGCAAGGGUUGAGUGGAGCAAUCAGACAACAGAAAAGCAUGUCAAACUCUAUUCAGUGGAGAACUUUAUUCAGGGCUACCAAUGGAUUGCAUACUAACUAUGGUGUUGAAUGCUUAGAUCAUGACUUGUUGUCUUGUAAGCCAGUUUAACCACAUGAUGUGAUUUUUUUUUUUGUGGUAACCCCUUCAGUCCUUAUUCUGAGAUUCUGGAGUCACAUGUGUUUCUUGUUAGAAAAUCCAAGCUGUUGUGAUUCGUCUUCCUGCUUAAUUACAUCCUUACCUUUUUGUAUACAUAUGUCAGUUGCAUUAUUUUCUAGUUUUGUUUUUGUAAUUACUUUGCCCCUUCAAUAGAGUAAAUACUGGAACUUGUGACAGAGUAUGAUGGAAUGUCUUUUACAGUUUUACUUUCUUUACUCAUGCAGUCAUGCUCCUUCAUUGGUGUCGGCUCACUGUUGUCUCUGGAUAUUCUUUUUUGUUAUGAUUUCUAGCUUCUGAUUGUCCAUUACUCAUAAAACAUUGAUACUUUUGGGACAAGAAGAAACCUUUAUUUCUCAAUACUUGCAAACUAAUGGAAAAAGAAAAGUCAAUGUUUCAUCUGCUGUGUGAGCAAAAAUGACUACUAACUGCCACUCCCUUCAGAGCUUUUGCCAGCACCUUUAUACUUGGCAUCUAUCUUUUAUCUUCAUGUCUUGGAGUGAGUGGUAUAAAAAGGUAAUAAGUUAUCUUAUCAAUUUUUCCUAUAACAGUACACUUGGCACUGAGAUAUUCUACAACUUUCUACAGUUAGCUAAUGCCACAAAUGACAAAACAAUAGUUACUAACAAAAUUUGCUCAUUUUGUGAUACAGGAGGAGUAACAUUUAGCAACAUUUGGUAUUUUUUUUAAUGGAGCUGAUAGGAAAUUUCUGGUCUAUUAUAUUUUUAUAGCUGGAGAACAUCAGAAAUAGAAAAACAACGACACUAACAAUGAAAACAACCAUCAACAUCAAUGGCGACCACGGUCAGUCGGGAAGUAACUAUUUGAUACUUAUCAUUGAAUAAAAGGACGUGGUAUUGUUGCAUGUUGUCCACAAGUCCGCAAAAUCAAUGAUGUGACAAUCUAUUAUCACUUUACAAUGACUAUAACAACAUUUGGACUAAGUUGUCUACUAAUGUUGUUGAGAGUCGAGAAUUGUCUGCCUGAGCAGCAGUACCAGGUACCAGAGCUGGAAGAUGCUACUUGUAGGUGCCUAUGUUUUAGUGUAAGAUGUGGUAACCCUGUUUAUUGUUAGAUGCUUGGGUUUUAUCUUUUUCUUGUAGCACAAUUCCUACAAGCAUAGUUUUAUCCUAGGAUGGUGGAUGCUCAUUUCUCAGUACCUGUCAGAGGAUUUUGCUUUGUUUGUCUGGACAGUGUCCUGUUUUAGUAGAGCUUUCUGUCUUUAAUUCAGAAGGCAAAACUUUUGAUACAGUGCUAUCGUGUCAUGCACUUUCCACCAUCUUGCAUUUGAGUUAUUGUAGUCCUUGAAACAGAACCAUGGUGCCAUGCUGACAAAAUUGAGAGCAAAAAAUCCGAAUGGAUCUGCUCCAAACAGAUUUUUCUUUUCAUUGCAAUUGUCUGCCUACCACCCUUACAAAAAUGACUAGGCUUUUCUUGUGUGAAGAAAAAUGAUGCCAUCAUGAGAUGAUUUCAUUCAGGGCUCAAUCACCUACACCAGUGUUCAAUGUUAUCUAAUUUCAAAGAGUGAACACACAUCCAUGUUCCUUUGGAUGAGAAGGAUCUUUAAUGGAGAUGUGCCUAGAACCGGCAGAUUCUACGCUGACUGCACAUCCUCCAUGAAGCCAGGAACCUUAACCCAAAGUUGCUCAAACUAGGUGGACCAGCUUGGUGACAGAGCAGUAAGGAGCAGUGGUCGAUGAAGAGCUUGACAAAGCUUGCAGGCCUUUGCCAGGUGUUGCUGGCAUCCCCAAGACCCCAACAGGAUGUUUCCUGAACUCGAUCCUCCCGUCGCUCCCGUGCAGGCUGCUGUUUUGGAACAUGUGCAAGGUGCUGCACCUCUUCUACCUGGAGGACGGCUACGCCUCACCCAAGGAGAUGAUGCACGCGGCCAACGCCGUGCUUCUCCAGCCGCUGCAGGCACCUCCACCUGUUGGUGAGGCAGCCGAGUAGGGUGUUUACAUGCUGUGGGUAAAUGCUUUGCCACCACGUAAAACCUUUCAAUUGGCAAGUACUUCAAAUUGCCUCCACUCCAGGACGUUAUUAGAGUAUUUUUAAAUAAAGAUAGAUUUUUGGAA